UCUCAGCUUCUCCCAUCCCCCAAGUCCAGACCAUCCCUUCUAAGCUGGUCUAUGAGGUCUAGGAGGUCCUGAUGGUCUCCCUUUCUCUUCCUAAUCAGUCUGGGGGCUCCCUGAGAAAUAGCCAGAGGAGCCCCAUCACCCAUUACCAGGACAGGGAGUGGCGCCUCAAAGGGCUGGGAGUGAAUGGCUCCACCCAGGGCCUGGCUAACAGUGGGUGCCCAGGAAUUAUUCUUUCGAGCCAUUGACUGAGUACACACAAGUGUGGCCCUGAUAGUGAGGCUAUCCUACCCAACCAGGAAGAGGCUUGGGCAAACGUGGGGCACUAAGAGAGGCAAUUUCUUGGCCAAGGGACCCCCAUCCUCUCCAUUGCAUACCCGAUUUGAUGGGGUGUUACAGGCCUCUCCAGGAGGGGCAGAGGUGCCCCUUUACCGGCAGCUUCCUCCCUCUCCCUCCAAGGGUGGAUUCCCCUGGCCGCAGCCAGGCAAUGGAAUGUUGUGUGGUUGGUUGCCAGGCAACCAGAGCCUGCUGGUGGCUGCCUUCUGGGAGAGCUGAGCAGGCUUCCACACCACGCUCCACAGAACCCCCAGGGUCUCCUAGGCUUGUGCAAAACUCCAGCUGGUGGAAAGAAAGCUGGGGCAAUUGCCAGAAGGAUGGCGGUGCCCUGGGAGGAAUAUUUCCGACUGGCUUUGCAAGAGAAACUGUCUACAAAGCUGCCAGAGCAGGCUGAGGAUUACGUCCCACCAGUGCUGCGUCUCCUGGAGAAGAGGCAAGAGCUGGUAGAUGCAGACCAGGCCCUGCAGGCCCAGAAGGAGGUGUUCCGCACCAGAAUGGCAGCUCUGAAACAGCGCUGGGAACAGCUGGAACAGAAGGAGCGGGAGCUAAAGGGGUCGUUCAUCCGCUUUGACAAGUUUUUGCAGGACUCCGAGGCCCGGCGCAAUCGCGCGCUGCGGAGGGCGGCGGAGGAGCGACACCAGGCGAGCCUCCGGGAGGCGGAGGCGCUGCGUCUGCGGACCCAGCUCGAGGAGCUACGGCAGGAACGCGCGCGGCUGCAGCGCCGGCUUAAGCGCCUGGAGCCCUGCGCGCGCCUGCUGGAGCAAGCGCUGGAGCUGCUGCCCGGGUUCCAAGAGGUCCCGGAACUGGUGGCGCGCUUCGACGGCCUGGCCCAGACACAGGUGGCGCUGAGGCUCAGGGAGCGCGAGCGGCUAGCGGAGCUGGAGGCGGCGCGAUCGCGACUGCAGCAGCUGCGGGACGCCUGGCCGGACGAGGUGCUCGCACAGGGCCAGAGGCGGGCGCAGCUGCAGGAGCGCCUGGAGGCUGCCAGGGAGCGUACGCUGCAGUGGGAAUCCAAGUGGAUUCAGAUUCAGAACACAGCAGCGGAGAAGACUCUGCUCCUGGGACGCAGCAGGAUGGCCGUGCUCAACCUGUUCCAGCUAGUGUGCCAGCAUCAGAGGCAGCCGCCCACCCUGGACAUUGAGGACACGGAGGGACAACUAGAGCAGGUGAAGCUGUUCAUGCAGGACCUCUCUGCCAUGCUGGCUGGCCUGGGUCAGCCUGAGCCUGCGGCCCCUGCCUCCUAGCCCUGACCCAGGUGAGUAGCGGGAGAGGGGAUCCCCGAGAGACCCUGAGAUAGGAGGGCCCCCAUUUCCAUUGGGGUGUGGACUGAGUGGCUCUUCCUGAAUCCAUUUCCUCAUUGGGAAGAUGGGAGGGCUGUGCCUGUUCAGAGUGCUGUGGGCCUGCCGUGAGGGGCACAUAGCAAGCACUCAAUAAGUGCAUGCCCUGAUGAGGAGGUGAUGGGAAGGUCAAGGGGCUAUGUGUGGGGCAACUGCCUCUAAAAUGAGAUCAGACCAGGCCCUCCCUGCCAGGGUGGCUGGGGCAUGAAAAAAGCUCUUUGUCAGGUCUCAGAGCAGGGUCCAUGCUAGAUGAGAGAUCACCGAGGCCCCUCCACUAUGGACUCUGCCGGGUGAGGGGCCCAGCCUGAGAAUUCAGCUGCUGGGGCCACCCUUGACCUUCUCAGAACCUCAAACAGGGGGUGGGUGGUGAGAAGACAGAGGGCAGGCCAGGUUCUGACCUCCAGGUGUGGAGGGGCCGAGUUAACCUCUUCAUAGCCAGAGGGGAGCAGCUGUGCCCUUGCCCCGGGGCUGCACAUCCUGUUCCCCUCCCACAGCCCUCUCCCAGCUGCAACCAUGUCCCGGUAGGAGGAAGGCGGACCAACUCCCACCUCCGGCACCUGGCUUGUGCUCUGAGCCUCAAUUUCCUCAUCGCUAAAUGGACACAGCAGCAGAACCUACCCUGGGGAGACCCAAAACUCCUCUGCCACAUUAGCUGGGAUUUUAGUACCUGGGUCUCUCCAUUCCAACUCCCCAAGUAGACUGCACUCCUGGCCCACCAGCAGUGCUCAACAAAGAUUUAUUAUAUUAAAAAUUCCAUCGCCAAACCCUGAGGCACUCAGGUCUCUGACUGGUGCAGCCAUGACCUCUGAACCCAGAACACAUGGAAGCAGCAGCAGCUGAGUUGCCAACUCAGGUCUUGGCCUGCCUGGCUUUGCUGCCGAACUCCUACACACCCUUCAAGGCCCUGCUCAAAUGUCUCUGUCUUAGGCUGACGCAGCUGCUGCCCUUCCGUGGCCAUACAGUGCUC